AUCGUAGUUCGCGUGGCUCUGACGCUACACCAUUUUCUACCAACGAUUCAAUCAGUCACUACCUCGAAGCAGAAGUCCUGCGAAAGCACUGUAUGGCCGUGGCUUCGAGGGCACCCCGGUCUCGGCAGGCCCGCGACUGGUCCGGGGAUGGGCACCACGGAGAAUAGAGUUUACGACUGCAAAGCCCUAUCGCUGGUCGGGCCAGUUGAGAAGUAUGAUGAUAUCGCCCGUGCCUCGUACUUAAGCGAUACUGGGAAUAGUUGCAUUAUUCCAUAUAACAUGAUCGUAAUCGUGAAAACAAAGCUAGUUUAUAUGGAAUGUUCUGGG